AUGGGUGGCGAAUUGGGAUCUCACUGGGACGGGGAGAAAGGGGCCGAUUCCACCCGGUUCCCGUUUGCCAAAGGCCUUUCUUCCAUGGUAGUUUUAGGAGUACACUCCCUCUCAAAGAAUGAGCUCUCUAAGCAAACAUUUGGUAAAAAAUUAAUACCAUUCACAAUAUUUAUACCAUACCCUAAAUCAAAUUAUAUUAUAUGGUUAAGGUAGCUUCACACAAAUGCAAUGCUCAACAAGCAUUUCCAGCUGCUUCAUCUAAGAUUCCAAGAUGAUAUUAGAGAUGGAACAAAAUGCCAGGUUACUGGCUGGGGAACCACUAGCCCCCAGAUUCUAACCUCUUCUGAUACUUUGCAAGAAGCGACUGUUAUUGUCAUAAAUAGAAAGCUUUGCAACAGCCAAAGUUAUUACAAAUACAAUCCUAUCAUAACUAAAGACAUGGUAUGUGCAGGAGACUCCAGAGGCCAGAAGAUUUCCUGCCAGGGUGACACUGGUGGACCUUUGGUCUUCAAAGGUGCCUUCUAUGCCUUAGUGUCUACAGGUUAUAUUUUAUGUGGUAUAGCCAAGAAACCAGGAGUCUAUACCCUAUUUACCAAGAAGUACCAGGCUUGGAUCAAAAGAAAUCUUCCUCACGCCAUGCUGUUCACAUCCACAAGUGAAAUAAGAUCAGAUUGCGAGAGAGAAAGUCUCUGUGACAGCGAGGCAGUUUGGAAGACUCUGAAAUCGGAAGUUCAGUUGACUUUGACAAACAGCUGA